AUGAGUGCGACGGGGAUUGCAAUGUCUGAUUCAGGUUCCCAGUCUUUUCGGGUCGCUGUCGAAGGCUGUGGCCACGGGCGUCUCCAUGAUAUCUACGCCUCUGUCGAACAUGCUGCCACCUUGAAGGGCUGGGGCGGAGUUGAUCUGCUGAUCAUUGGAGGAGACUUUCAGGCUAUUCGCAACAGCAACGACUUGGCUUGCAUGUCUGUGCCGCUGAGGUACAGGGAAAUCGGCGAUUUCCACGAGUACUAUAGUGGACAGCGCACCGCCCCUUAUCUUACCAUCUUCAUCGGUGGGAACCAUGAGGCUAGCAACUACAUGUUCGAACUCUACUACGGCGGCUGGGUUGCUCCCAACAUCUACUACAUGGGUGCUGCAAAUGUCCUUCGCUGCGGUCCACUCCGUAUUGCUGCCCUGUCUGGUAUUUUCAAGGGCUACAACUACAGAACGUCUCACUAUGAGAGACUCCCGUACAACGAAGAGGAGAUCAAGAGCAUCUACCACGUUCGGGAAUUGGACGUCCGCAAGCUCCUUCAAGUCCGCACCCAGGUUGAUGUGGGAUUAUCGCAUGACUGGCCCCACAAAAUUGAAUACUGUGGCGAUUGGAAUCAGCUUUUUCAAAAGAAACGGGGAUUCAGGGAAGAUUCAGAAAGCGGAAAACUUGGCAGCCAGGCAGCACGUUACGUUCUUGACCGCUUACGUCCUGCAUACUGGUUCUCUGCACAUCUGCAUGUUAAGUUUGCCGCCUGUCUCCAGCAUCCAACUCCAGAGACUGAACACCAUUUCGGUUUAGAUGGUGCCGGUCCCUCUCUUACCGCUAUUCCGGGAAAAAUGCUUGACAUGCUUGUUGGAGAGGAAGAGCAACAACACACUGCGCCUGAAGACGAAGAGAGCAGAAAGCAAUCUGUACCCGCCAAAGACACCUCUCAGCCAACUUUGUCCCAACCCGCAAAUGAGGAUGCCCCUAUUCUCACUACGCAAUCUGAAGCCGCUGCCGCGCCGUCACAGAACACGUUUGAGAACAUUCCUGACAGGUUGGCAGCGUGGCAGAACUUUGGUGAUAUCGCGGCGAAGAAUGAAGCUGCUGAGAAUGAUCGCUUCUUUGCUGAGCAGGGAAAAAAUCCACCCAGCCCAACUCCUGAUGUUAAGCAUAACCUUACAUGGCGCAAGGUAGACUCCGAUGAGGAUGGAGUCGGUCGAAAAGUUGCAUCCGUUGAGAGAAAUGGUGCCCCUCACGAGAAAAAGCAAAAGACCAAGCACCAUGACCGGGUCAAGAACGCGGACGAAAUUGAUUUGGACCUUGGUAGUGACUCCGACCUGGGCGGAGAAUCUUCCACUGCAAAGCGUCCCAUGGCCGAAAGUACGUACAACACAAAACCUGGAGCUUCCACUCAAUCCGAUGUUUCGGAAGACCUGCGGAAGCAGCUUCCAAGCAGCUUUGCAGCUCCUCCUCAGCCGCAACCCCGACCUGUACCUGUUCACGCUCCCUUCCCCGCAGCGAUCAAGAACGCAACCACAAACUUCCUCGCUCUAGACAAGUGUGGACCCAGAGGCGAGUUCCUUCAGCUUCUAGAGAUAAACCCCGUAUCCGACACAACCGGUGCUCAAACAGAGCGCCCAUUUCGUCUGCAAUAUGACAGAGAGUGGCUCGCCAUCACUCGUGUGUUUGCCGCUGACCUUCAACUUGGAAAUCCCAGUGCAAGGCCGCCAUCAGACCGGGGCGACGCCGUCUACAGACCUUUAAUUGAGAAGGAGGAAGCUUGGGUUGAGGAGAACAUUGUCAGAGCCGGAAAAUUGGACGUACCAGAGAACUUCAUCAUAACUGCCCCGAUAUACAACCCUGCGGUGCCAAUAACCGUAGAAGAGCAGUCUAGAGAGUACACCAACCCCCAGACUGCGGCAUUCUGCGAUCUCAUCAAUAUCACGAACAAGUUUCACCUGUCAGAGAAAGAGCGCGAUGCACGCAUCGCUGCUGGGCCUCGCCCAUGCGAAAACUCGGGCUGGAGCCGUCCUAGACGUGGCGGAUAUGGUGGCCGCGGUCGUGAUGGCGGCGGACGCGGUCGCGGUCGCGGUCGCGGCUAUGGACGCGGAGGAUAUGGCACUCGUGGACGUCAUUAG